AUGCCCGAGAAGAGACCCGCCUCCCAUACGCGCUCGCCCGUCGCCAAACGGAAGCGUACUGCCAAAGCGACGUCCACUGCUCACAAUACCGCCGAUCCCAAGGCUACUGCUUCCAAGACUGCCUCCUCUAGAACCACCGCUGUUCUCGACAAUGGCGCUGCGGGAAGCCCUCUUCCUUCCGGACCACCCCGCACAGAUCGAAGCACUCCCGGAAGCGUGGCAAGAUCCGUCAAAGCCAACCAACCGGCCCCAAGUUCCCAAACCAACGAUCACCCGACAAUGACGGACAAGCGGAAGCGUGAAGAGACCCCUGAGGAAAGCUCCAAGAGGCCGAAAGCUUCAGACAAGAUGCCGGAACCAAAAUCAAGCGAGGAUAACGAUGCGGAGGAACCCAAGAAGCAACAGGAGCUGGAGAUCUGCCCGAUGUGUGGCGAGGAGUACGACUCAGAAGAUGAAGACGACGACAUCUGCGAGUUCCAUCCCGGAAAGCUGGUAAUCGACCGAAAGGUACCUUGCUGGAAAUCAGAUUGGUGCGUGGAUCCCUACAACGACGAGUAUGUUGAAGAGUUUUUCGAAUCUUAUGAGUUAUACCCGGACAUGCUUAUAUGGGACUGCUGCGGAUGUUCGGAAGGUGCACCAGGUUGCGAAACACAAAGUGGGCACGGGAAAUACUGA